CCACAUUCUCACUUGCAUUUGUAUAUUUUGUCUUUUUAAUAAUAACCAUUUUAACUGAUGUUAAGAGGAUACCUCACUGUGGUUUUAUUUGCAUUUCCCUGAUGACUAGUGAUGUUGAGUUUUUUUUUUUAUUAUACUUUAAGUUCUGGGGUACAUGUGCAGAACAUGCAGGUUUGUUACAUGAUGUUGAGUAUUUUUUUUAACAGACUUGGCCAUUUGUUUGUCUUUUCUUGAUUUGUUUUUGUUUUUUUCUUUUUUUUGUUUGUCUUUUCUUGAGAAUUGUGUUUGUGUCCAUUGCCCAUUUUUAAUGUGUUUAUUUUUCCAUUGAGUUGAGUUCCUCGCAUAUUCUGGAUAUUAUCUGGGACUAAUAUCCAGAUAAAUAGUUUGCAAAUACUUUCUCCUGUUCAGCUGGCUGCCCCUUCACUCUGUUGAUUGUUUCCUUUGCUUCGUAGAAGCUUUUUAGUUUAAUAUAGUCCUGUUUGUCUAUUUUCGUUUUAGUUCUCUAUGCUUUUGAGGUCUUAGCCAUAAAAUCUUUGCCUAGAACAAUGUUCUGAAGUGUUUUCCCUGUUUUGUUCUAGUAAUUUAUAGCAUCAGGUCUUCUAAGUAUUUAAUCCAUCUUGAACUCAAGAUGGAUUUUGUAUAUGGUGAGAAAUAGGGGCCCGGUUUCAUUCUUUUGCAUAUAAAUAUCCAAUUUUUCCAGCACCACUUAUUAAAGAGGGUAUCCUUUCACCAGUGUAUGUUCUUGGUGCCUUUGUUGAGAAUCAGUUGGCUAUAAAUAUGUAGCUUUAUUUCUGGGCUCUCUAUUCUGUUCCAUUGGUCCAUGUCUAUGUUUAUACUAAUACUAUGCUGUUUUGGUUACUUAUAGCCUUGUAAUAUAUUUUGAAGUCAGGUAGUAUGAUGCUUCCAACAUUAUUCUUUUUCUUUUUUUUUUGAGACAGGAUCUGGCUUUGCUGCCCACGCUGGAGUGUGGUGGUGUGAUCACAGCUCACUGCAACCUCUGCUCUGCCUCCCAGGUUCGAGUGAUCCUCCUACUUCAGCCUCCUGAGUAGCUGGGACUACAGGUAUGCACCACCAUGCCCGGCUAAUUGUUGUAUUUUUGGUGGAGACGAGGUUUUGCCAUGUUGCCUAGGCUGGUCUCGAACUCCUGAGCUCAAGCAAUCCGCCCACCUUGGCCUUCCAAAGUGCCAGGGCUACAGGCGUGAGCCACCAUGCCUGGCUUGCCAACUUCAUUCUUUUUGCUUAGGAUCAUUUUGGCUAUUCUGGCUCUUUUUUGGAUCCAUAUGAAUUUUAGGAUUUUUUUUUCUAUUUCUUUGAAAAAUGACAUUGAUAUUUUGAUAGGGAUUGCAUUGAAUCUGUAGAUUGCUUUGUGCAGUAUGGUCAUUUUAACAAUAUUAAUUCUUCCAAUCCAUGAGCAUAGGAUAGCUUUCCAUUUGUUUGUAUCCUCUUCUAUUUCUUUCAUCAGUGUUUUAUAGUUUUCCUUAUAAAGGUCUUACUUUCACUUGUUUGGUUCUUACAUUUCUCUGAUGAGUGGGUUAUGAAAGAAUCUAGGUAGAAAUAGUGACCAUGUCUAGGGAAAGAAAACUCAGAAUUUCUAAGAAGGGACGUCACAGAACUAAGUAGGGUUUCAGGACAGUUAUGCUUGCAUGUGGUUUCUUAACUGGCCUGCUGCUUCUUUCCAAAGCUUAAUCAGCCAGGUAGGUACUGAGCAUAAAUUCAGUGCUGGCACCUUUGCUGGCUGGGAUGUGAACAGAAAUAAAUAAUAUCAGGCCCUGCUUCCCCUAGGCAGCCUCCCACACAAGACCAAGUGGAUGUCUUGAUCAAGGGCAGAUUCCAUGGGCAUAGUGGAAAUCAUAAUGGUGAUGGUGAUGAUGACUAACAUGAUAGAGUACUAACUCUAAGCCAAGCACCGUUACAAGUACUUUACAAGUAUUACUCAUUUGAUUCUUACAAACAUUCUUAUCCUCAUGUUAUAGGUGGGGAAACCAAGGCAUGGGGGAGGUGAACUAGCUUGCCACACAGCUGAUAAAUAGUAGAGCUGGUGAAGAAGGAGGCUGUCAGGGAAGGCUUCUGGGGAAGGCGCUGCACCUGUGCCAGGCCUGGAGCAGGUAAUAUCAAUAUGGAAGAAAGGGGAAGGCAUCACGCUUAGCUGGGGCAUGGUUUGUACUGGCUACAUGUCUCUUUGGAGUCCUGUUGCCAACCUGCCCACACUGGGCUCAGCAGCCCCAGGGAACUCUGGGCCUGCCCUGGCCUCCACCUGCCACACUGCCUUAGUGAACAUUCCCUCAGCCUGGCACAAAGCAGGAGGUUUUGGGUAGUUGCUGGACCCUUGGGACUUGAUGUUUACACCUGCUCACAGGUGGAUGCUGCUUCAACAACCACUCCUGAUUUCUUUUGAUACUUCUCUUGCUGAAAAUAGUUGAAUUACAAAAACAAUGCACAGUCAUGAUAGAAAAUGCGCAAUCAUUAUGCACGGAGUGGGAAGACAACCAGAACCGACUCCUGCUGCUUGUUCAGGUUGGAGGAGAUGACUCUCAAAAGGUUUCUUGAUGAAAUUUCCAACAUAAAAGACAAGAUCUGAUUGCUGGAAGAAGCAGAUUUUGUGAGGGAGGGCCUCACACUCUGCACAUGAAAACAAAGAACCUGAGGAUUUGGUAGUGUCCUCUUGGUGGCAGGUGAGUAUCCUGAAGGCACAGAGUGGAGCCUGGAGAGGGCAGAAGUGAGGCCAUCCCUCUCCCCUGGUGAGCGUCCAGUGAAAAUCUCCCAGAAGCAGGGUCAGCCAGGACACAUCAGAACAGAGAUGUUCCUGUAGAUUUUAAGUUGUCUAUAGUACCAUGUAGGGCUGUAACCCCUCAGCAGUGCCUCAUGUAAGAUACUCCUUGGGGGAAGUCAAAGAAAAGGAGCAGUGUUCCAUAUUUGGGUUAACUAGGGGCAGAGAGAAGGGAACAGCUGCAGAAAGCAGGAUGCCAGGGAAAUCGAGAGCAGCAGGAAGAGGAAACUGGAGUGAACAUGACAGCUAAGCACCAGGAAAUUUGCAGCGAUGUUGGGGGAGGGCCAUGGACUUUGCACAAGACAUAGGAUGAAUAUUUCGGCCAUUUUUAUUUCAAUCUUAAAGCAUGAUCCCGUUAAUCUGGAAGAUUUGAGGAUACUGAGAUGGCAGAAAUAUGGGCUACAAACAAACAAAUGGAAGAAAAUACCCCCUCUCCACCCAUCAAGAAGAAAGAGUAACUCCAAACAUUUUGAUCUGCAUGGAAGCCCUGCCCUUUGAAGUCGCUCAUGGACCCAGACUGAUAGAGGAUCUGUCUCAGCACAUGCUUCAAGAUUCUCAUGGGUACAGAAAACAGAGAACAUGGUUAACCAUGAGCUGGCUCCUAAAGCUUCUUCUCAGAAGAUACACACACCACUUAGCCAAAGUAAAUCACAUAGGAUUCCUAGUACAAUGUUGAAGUGAUGAUAGCAGGCAUUCUACUGUGUUCCCUGUUGCAGAGAAGCUUUUAAGUUUUCACCAUUAAAUAACUUUGAAGAUAUUCCAUUGUCUCUGGCUUCUACAGUUUCCACUGAGAAGUUACCUGGAAGCCUCAUUGUUGUUGUUCCAGUCAAGAUGUAGAUGAGUGUGCCCAAGGGCUAGAUGACUGCCAUGCCGACGCCCUGUGUCAGAACACACCCACCUCCUACAAGUGCUCCUGCAAGCCUGGCUACCAAGGGGAAGGCAGGCAGUGUGAGGACAUCGAUGAAUGUGGAAAUGAGCUCAAUGGAGGCUGUGUCCAUGACUGUUUGAAUAUUCCAGGCAAUUAUCGUUGCACUUGUUUUGAUGGCUUCAUGUUGGCUCAUGACGGUCAUAAUUGUCUUGAUGUGGACGAGUGCCUGGAGAACAAUGGCGGCUGCCAGCACACUUGUGUCAAUGUCAUGGGGAGCUAUGAGUGCUGCUGCAAGGAGGGGUUUUUCCUGAGUGACAAUCAGCACACCUGCAUUCACCGCUCGGAAGAGGGCCUGAGCUGCAUGAAUAAGGAUCACGGCUGUAGUCACAUCUGCAAGGAGGCCCCAAGGGGCAGCGUCGCCUGUGAGUGCAGGCCUGGUUUUGAGCUGGCCAAGAACCAGAGAGACUGCAUCUUGACCUGUAACCAUGGGAACGGUGGGUGCCAGCACUCCUGUGACGAUACAGCCGAUGGCCCAGAGUGCAGCUGCCAUCCACAGUACAAGAUGCACACAGAUGGGAGGAGCUGCCUUGAGCGAGAGGACAUUGUCCUGGAGGUGACAGAGAGCAACACCACAUCAGUGGUGGAUGGGGAUAAACGGGUGAAGCGGCGGCUGCUCAUGGAAACAUGUGCUGUCAACAAUGGAGGCUGUGACCGCACCUGUAAGGAUACUUCGACAGGUGUCCACUGCAGUUGUCCUGUUGGAUUCACUCUCCAGUUGGAUGGGAAGACAUGUAAAGAUAUUGAUGAGUGCCAGACCCGCAAUGGAGGUUGUGAUCAUUUCUGCAAAAACACCGUGGGCAGUUUUGACUGCAGCUGCAAGAAAGGAUUUAAAUUAUUAACAGAUGAGAAGUCUUGCCAAGAUGUGGAUGAGUGCUCUUUGGAUAGGACCUGUGACCACAGCUGCAUCAACCACCCUGGCACAUUUGCCUGUGCUUGCAACCGAGGGUACACCCUGUAUGGCUUCACCCACUGUGGAGACACCAAUGAGUGCAGCAUCAACAACGGAGGCUGUCAGCAGGUCUGUGUGAACACAGUGGGCAGCUAUGAAUGCCAGUGCCACCCUGGGUACAAGCUCCACUGGAAUAAAAAAGACUGUGUGGAAGUGAAGGGGCUCCUGCCCACAAGUGUGUCACCCCGUGUGUCCCUGCACUGCGGUAAGAGUGGUGGAGGAGACGGGUGCUUCCUCAGAUGUCACUCUGGCAUUCACCUCUCUUCAGGACUGCAAGGGGCCUACUCUGUCACCUGCGGCUCUUCCUCUCCUCUCAGGAACAAACAACAAAAAUCAAAUGACUCUGCUUUUGGGGAUGUCGCCACCAUCAGGACAAGUGUAACCUUUAAGCUAAAUGAAGGCAAGUGUAGUUUGAAAAAGGCUGAGCUGUUUCCCGAGGGUCUGCGACCAUCACUACCAGAGAAGCACAGCUCAGUAAAAGAGAGCUUCCGCUACGUAAACCUUACAUGCAGCUCUGGCAAGCAAGUCCCAGGAGCCCCUGGCCGACCAAGCACCCCUAAGGAAAUGUUUAUCACUGUUGAGUUUGAGCUUGAAACUAACCAAAAGGAGGUGACAGCUUCUUGUGACCUGAGCUGCAUCGUAAAGCGAACCGAGAAGCGGCUCCGUAAAGCCAUCCGCACGCUCAGAAAGGCCGUCCACAGGGAGCAGUUUCACCUCCAGCUCUCAGGCAUGAACCUCGACGUGGCUAAAAAGCCUCCCAGAACAUCUGAACGCCAGGCAGAGUCCUGUGGAGUGGGCCAGGGUCAUGCAGAAAACCAAUGUGUCAGUUGCAGGGCUGGGACCUAUUAUGAUGGAACACAAGAACGCUGCAUUUUAUGUCCAAAUGGAACCUUCCAAAAUGAGGAAGGACAAAUUACUUGUGAACCAUGCCCAAGACCAGGAAAUUCUGGGGCCCUGACGACCCCAGAAGCUUGGAAUAUGUCUGAAUGUGGAGGUCUGUGUCAACCUGGUGAAUAUUCUGCAGAUGGCUUUGCACCUUGCCAGCUCUGUGCCCUGGGCACGUUCCAGCCUGAAGCUGGUCGAACUUCCUGCUUCCCCUGUGGAGGAGGCCUUGCCACCAAACAUCAGGGAGCUACUUCCUUUCAGGACUGUGAAACCAGAGUUCAAUGUUCACCUGGACAUUUCUACAACACCACCACUCACCGAUGUAUUCGUUGCCCAGUGGGAACAUACCAGCCUGAAUUUGGAAAAAAUAAUUGUGUUUCUUGCCCAGGAAAUACUACGACUGACUUUGAUGGCUCCACAAACAUAACCCAGUGUAAAAACAGAAGAUGUGGAGGGGAGCUGGGAGAUUUCACUGGGUACAUUGAAUCCCCAAACUACCCAGGCAAUUACCCAGCCAACACCGAGUGUACGUGGACCAUCAACCCACCCCCCAAGCGCCGCAUCCUGAUCGUGGUCCCUGAGAUCUUCCUGCCCAUAGAGGACGACUGUGGAGACUAUCUGGUGAUGCGGAAAACCUCUUCAUCCAAUUCUGUGACAACAUAUGAAACCUGCCAGACCUACGAACGCCCCAUCGCCUUCACCUCUAGGUCAAAGAAGCUGUGGAUUCAGUUUAAGUCCAAUGAAGGGAACAGCGCUAGAGGGUUCCAGGUCCCAUACGUGACAUAUGAUGAGGACUACCAGGAACUCAUUGAAGACAUAGUUCGAGAUGGCAGGCUCUAUGCAUCUGAGAACCAUCAGGAAAUACUUAAGGAUAAGAAACUUAUCAAGGCUCUGUUUGAUGUCCUGGCCCAUCCCCAGAACUAUUUCAAGUACACAGCCCAGGAGUCCCGAGAGAUGUUUCCAAGAUCUUUCAUCCGAUUGCUACGUUCCAAAGUGUCCAGGUUUUUGAGGCCUUACAAAUGACUCAGCCCACAUGCCACUCAAUACAAAUGUUCUGCUAUAGGGUUGGUGGGACAGAGCUGUCUUCCUUCUGCAUGUCAGCACAGUCGGAUAUUGCUGCCUCCAGUAUCAGUGACUCAUUAGAGUUCAAUUUUUAUAGAUAAUACAGAUAUUUUGGUAAAUUGAACUUGGUUUUUCUUUCCCAGCAUCGUGGAUGUAGACUGAGAAUGGCUUUGAGUGGCAUCAGCUUCUCACUGCUGUGGGCGGAUGUCUUGGAUAGAUCAAGGGCUGGCUGAGCUGGACUUUGGUCAGCCUAGGUGAGACUCACCUGUCCUUCUGGGGUCUUACUCCUCCUCAAGGAGUCUGUAGUGGAAAGGAGGCUACAGAAUAAGCUGCUUAUUCUGAAACUUCAGCUUCCUCUAGCCCGGCCCUCUCUAAGGGAGCCCUCUGCACUCGUGUGCAGGCUCUGACCAGGCAGAACAGGCAAGAGGGGAGGGAAGGAAACCCCUGCAGGCUCCCUCCACCCACCUUGAGACCUGGGAGGACUGUUUCUCCACAGCCUUCUCCAGCCUGUGUGAUACAAGUUUGAUCCCAGGAACUUCAGUUCUAAGCAGUGCUCAUGAAAAAAAAUACUUAAAGCAGAAAGAAUUAGAAAUAAAUAAAAACUAAGCACUUCUGGAGACAUAAUAAUGUACAUUUAUUGCCAGCCUUCCUCGUUGCAAGCUUCCACCCUGCAGCAAAUGCACUAUGCUGACUCUCGCACCUUCAGCUGUGCCCUCCGACACUCUGCUGGCCAUUGCCUGAGGGACUGGGGAGUUCAGGUGAAAUGUAAUUUCCUCAGUGGAUGAGAAUCAUCAAUUGUCAUGAAAAGGAGAUUUCACCAACCCUGAGUCAGUAUUGCCAAGGGUUCUACUCCCCAAGUGGGCUUCCCAUCACAAGGGAUCUGAGGUCCAGGUGGGUGUGGUGAGGCCCAGCCUGUCAUGUAUGCCUUCCUUCCCCAGUCUCAAAUGUGAGAGACGGACUCUGCUCCGUGGACAUGAGCAGCCCCUUGAAGGGUGGUCUCAUUCUCUAACAGUAACAGCACUGCCAGAAACACCCCCUGAAUGCCACACGAUCAUCUCACUUUGGGUCAGGCCAGCAGGGCCUCACGAUCAUUUCUUGAACUUGAAUUUUCAGUGUUAUUGAAUCUUUAAACAUUUAAAUCCCCAAGCAAAAAUCUCAUUACAGUGAAUAAAAAGGAAUCCAAUCAAACAAGCCACCACUUCCCUAAUGGAUGGACUACCUACAACUAUAGUGUUUUGUUAUUUCAAUAACAAUUCUAUGCACAGCCAAUUCUCCAUACCAAAGUACUAAAAAAAAGUUUAACAAGCAUUUUUGAAGAAAACAAAGAGAACUUCAUUAUGGUUAAACUUGCUUUUCAUCUCAGUGUUGCUUUUUUUAACCUGUUAAUAACAUUGAUUCUUAAAAAGUCCUAAUCAAACUUCUUUAUUUGGAUGGGCCCUAAAUAUUCAUUUUCAGAUUUCUCUUCAAAAGUUUGAACAUCAUCAUUAAAAAAAAAAAAGCAUUAAAACAAGCACUUGGACUUUGUUAUACUGGA